AUGCCUCCAAAGACCUCCUCAAAAACAACCUCUUCUGAUGAUGUUGAUGAAAGCAGUGAUGUAACCACAAAAAAGACGGUAACAAAAUCGACCACCACCAAAACAACAAGUACUUUUGUUAAUAAGCCUUUCAAGGUACCUCUAAAAUCACCACCAAAGACUGCAACUUCAUCUUCAGCAACAACAAUAUCUGCUGCUUCAUCUUCUUCAUCUUCUACAAAGAGUGCUGCUAAAAGUAGUGUUACUGCAAAGGCUAAACCACUCUUUGAACAGUCCCAAAUUUUAGCUCCGAGCGAUCCAUCUUUGGAUGAUUCUUUUACUUUUGAUUCUCCAUUGAAAAACAAGAAGAAGAAUGUGGAAAAGGAAGAUGAUGAGGAUAGUGAUAAUGAUGUAAAUGAAAAAAAGAGAAAAUUGGAAAGCAUUUCAAAAGCAAAGAAGGAAAGUGAAAAAGUAAAACCCACUAAAAAAUUGAAAGAAUCAUUGAGUACAGUUUCCGAUGAAAAGAAACCCUUCUCUCACAAGGAAAUUAAACCAAAAUCAUCAAACAAGACUUUUAUUAUUGGUGUAAGUGGUGGAGACUUUGCUCAAAAAUCAGAAGUUGUGAAUAUCAUUGAAAAGUUAUCAAAAAAUACAGAAUACGAAUAUGUGGAAAUUGGUAGUUCAAACUUUGAAAGUUAUACUCAUCUGGUUUGUCUUGAUCCUAACCCAAAGAAAACCAUCAAGUUAAUUUAUUCUAUUGCUUUGAAUGUUCCAAUAAUCAAAUCAUCUUGGUUAUAUGAGAGUGAAAAAUGUAAUUAUUUUGUAAAGGAAAGUGAUUUUUAUUUCGCUCAAUAUAUCAGAUCAAGAAGUGAGGGAAUUUUGAAAGGAAAAAGAUGUUAUAUUUUAAGAGGAGAAGUGACAUUUCCAUCACCAGAAAUAUGUGAAAGAUUUAUUGAACUAAGUGGAGGAGCUUGUGUGGAAGAUAUUACUCGAGCAAAUAUUAUACUUUCAACAACAGGAGCAAAAGAUUUUGAUAAUAUCAUUCCAAGACACACUUCCAGUAUGCCCCUAUUCCCAGUGGUAACUGUUCGUUGGUUAGUUGACUGUGUUGAUAAACAACAAUAUCAAGAUCCAAAUGAGUAUAAGGAUGAUUACUUUUACAGUGAAGCUUGUGUUUUGAAAGAAAGAGUGCUUGCUGAAAAAUCAGCUCGAAAGCAUAUUGGAUGUUUGAGAUUAUUGACUGAUAUUACUUGUUCAGCUAAUAUUAUCCCAUUAUAUGCAGACAAAAAAAGUAUUGUACUGGGAAGAGCAGCUACAGAUGUGGAUUUCACUGUAGAUACUGAAAACUCAAAGAAGAAUCCUGUUAUUUCUAGAAUGCACGCUAAAAUUGUACAGUUCCAGCAAGAAAGUAACAGCCAAAGUAAGGAAACCAUACUCAAGUGGAAGCUCAUUGAUUCUUCCUCGAAUGGUACCUUUGUAAAUAAUGUUAAGGUUAAGGAAGCCGUUUUAGCUAAUGGAGAUAUUAUUUGUUUCGGUCAUUCCAAGGCCUCAGUUAAAGUAGGAGAACAAAUUCCAUUCGCAAAUACCAAAUGUAAAUAUGUGUUUGAGACUGAGGAUAUUGUUUCAAAUGAAGAAGCCGAGAAGGAAAAGGAGAGAUUAAGAAAAGAGAAUGAACUAAUGAGAUUGGAAAUUAAUGGUCUAAGAGAUUACAAACAAAAAUCAAGUAUGGUAAACCAUCAAAAAGAGAAGGAAAUUAUACGUCUGCAAGAAUUACUUUCCAAAAAUCAGAGAAAAGAAAUUGUCGAAUUUCCACUCUGUCACAAGCUUUAUGUAUUGGAUACAAACGUUCUCGUUGAAAAUAUUUCAAUCCUUGAGAAUCUGUUAAAAUCAGCCAAUAUUACAUGCCUUAUCCCAUAUACAGUUAUGGUUGAGUUGGAUAAAUUAAAGACGAGAACAGGUUCAGUUGCCAUUAAGGCAAGAGAAGCAACCAGAUUCUUGGAGGAAUGUUUCGAAAACAAGACUUAUCCAAAUUUGAUGGGUCAACUUCCAAACCAACAACUGAAAGGUAUUGAAGAUGGAGGUGUUUUUGUUUCAUCUGCUGAUGAUAACAUUAUCAAUUGUUGCCUCUAUUUCAAAGAUCACGUACUCAAACGAAAGGAAAAGAAUCAUGAAUUAAUUCUUUUAACAUUUGAUAAGAAUAUGAGAGUUAAAGCAGGUCUCUUAAAGAUUAGAAGAUUAAAUAAAAUCAUAAUUGAUUGCAAUAUUACAAAAAAAAUGAGUGACAAUGCUAGUAGUAAUACUUCCACAUCAUCAUCAGGUGCAGGAACAACAAAUAAUUCUUCAGUAGAAGAAGAAGAAGGUGGAUCAUCCCUCAUCAAGAAACUUUUAGGUUUUAUUUUUCUCUUUUAUUUAUCCUUCGGAAUUAUUAAUCCUGUCAAUAUUGAACUCUUUGAAAAGAUUAAUUCUGUUGGAAGUGUUGAUGGAAAACAUUCCAAGCAUACAGCUUCAUUAUUUGGUGCAUUGUUUGCACUUCCUGGAUUAAUAUUCUUCUUUGUGAGUCCGGUGAUUGGAAAUUUAUCUGAUCGAUUGGGAAGAAAAUUGUUCCUUACCUUGUUUACUUUUUGUUAUACUUUAACAUUUGGAAUUUACUAUUUAUUGUGUCAUGUUGUGACAAGUCCAGACGAAGAAUUGAAUGAAAUUUUCAUCUAUGUCAAGUAUAAUGGAUUGAAAUUUUACAUUGUUGCUAAAAUUAUUCAAGGAUGCAGUUUGGAUAUUAUUCCAUUAUGUAAUUCCUAUAUUGCUGAUAAUUCUAAAAAGGAGGAUUUUGCAACAUACUUUUCAUAUAUCUUGGCAGCUAUGGGUUUGGCCACAGCCAUUGGACCAAUGGUGAGUGGAUUUGUGGUGAAGAAUUUUGGAAUGACACAAGUAUUUCAAUUGAUUUUUAUCACUUCUAGUAUUACAACAUUGUUUGCUGCAAAGUUUGUUAAGGAGAAUGCAAAGAAUGACGCUAUUCAACACCAAGAAUCUUCACUCAUCGAGAAGGUUACUACGCCAUUCAAGUCUCUGUACAAUAUUCUUACUCAAGGAGAUUCUGUUUUGAUUUCAUUGAUAAUUUCUAAAUUGUUAAGCUCGUUUAUUUCAGUUGGAUUCUUUUGUAUUGUUACACAAUUUACAAGAAUCAAAUAUUCAUUUGGACCUACUGAAAAUGGCUACGUCUUGACACUUAUUGGAAUAACUGCCAUUCUUUCAAAUUCCGUUCUAUCCAAAUUGAUAAUGUACCUCUCAAAAGGAAAGGAAACUAAUGGAUUGAUUAUAUCAGGUGUAGCCAAUGCCUUAUUCUUCCUUUCUUUUGUGGUGUGUGGAAAUGGCGCCUACGUAUACUAUGGAACUGUUUUCUUCCUGUUCGGUGCUAAAGAGGAUCCACUCAGGUCUGCUCUCAUUUCCAAGGUAUUCAAUGAUCCAAAUCAACAAGGAGUAUUGAAUGGAUGUUUAGGAUCUAUUUCCACAGUUGGAAGAGUAAUAUCCCCAAUCAUCUUUUCAUCAUUGUUAGAUAUUUUCACAACGAGUGAAACCAUGCCUCGUAUUGUGGAUGCUCCAUUCAUUGCCUUGACAAUUACACAAGUUAUUUGUGUAUUGUUUGUAGUGAGAGCAAAACACUUGAUUGAAAAGAAUAAGGGAGAAUAA